UUUAGUUCCAGCCGCCUUGCACGGUUGACCCACUUCCGUCUUCCGCGCCCUUCCACCUACCUAUGCCUACCUACUUACAUAGUACGUAGGGGCGUGCGGUCUACUAUUAUUAUUGUUGUCUAAAUGUCCUUUGUAUAGCUGGCUGUGGCACAACGCCUGCCAGCCACGAAUCUGUGUAUCAUAUUUUUGGAGAUAGAAGUCUCCAUCGCUUUGAGAACGUCUGGUCCGGAUCUGCGCGGCGCAACUCGUUCAACACUCAUCUAGCGAUCCCGCAGCUGUCCGCUUGCCAACCCGCCGAUAAUUCUCAUUGACCAUGGCUUCCUAUCUUCUCUACUUCCUGACGUUAUCGGUUGUUGUAUGUGGCACGGCGCUCUAUCUCACCCGUUUUCGAUGGCUACAUUUAGUCACAGUCCCCGAUUACAUUUACCAUCGUCUCCCCUCCACUUUUGCUGGCGAUGUCGAAGCUGGAUUGACAUCUUCAGAGUUCGACAUCUCUGCCAAUAUCACCGAGGGCGACACUAGGGCGGGAUUGGAUGAUCAGGCCAAACGCGAGAUCCUGCGAAUCAUGAAACGGCAAAAGGUCGAUUUCAAUGAAGCCCGUCGGAUUUAUAUUCAGCAACGUUUUUCCAAAAACAACAUUGGUCCUGACGGCCGACCCAGGGACCCAAAAUUUGUGUCAUUCUCAUAGGCGAUCACAUUUGCGUUGCAGUCGCUUGAUCGUACCUUUUGCUUUAUUCCGUCUUAACAUCUCAACAAGUACAAACAUCCACUUACACUGCCCUUCGUGGGGACUUUGGGCUCCCUGGCUGCGCGUAGAUUUCCCUCACCAUUGUCUUCGGGUUCUCUUCGGCCUCCCCACCUUAGAUUUACUUGGUAUAUUGUCUUAGUCGGACCCUUGACGGCGUGAAUCUACGUUGGCAAUAAACCCUCGAUUGUCAUUAUAUGAGUAUUUGAAUCAGUAUAGCGUCCACUUUCACUUAAAUUGCUAUCAUCUACCGCGAAUGAAGAGAUCGAGUGCGGCAAGGCCAG